ACUACCUUUAAAUUUGAAUCCUGGUGGAUUGAUCAGUCGCAAGCGACCGCAGGAGAAGGAGGAGGAGGAAGCGGAAGAGACACCGGCGAUGGAGAAACGCAGCGUUUUGAAGAAGUCGACGUCCUCGUUCCGCCUCCGCUGCCCCAGUCUCAACUCCCUCCGCCUCCGCCGCAUCUUCGACAUCUUCGACGCCAACGCCGACGGCAUCAUCACUGUCGCCGAGCUCGGCCGCGCUCUCAAUCUCCUCGGCCUCGACGCCGACCUCGCCGAGCUCCGCUCCAUCGUCGCCUCCUUCAUCCAGCCGGGAAACGCUGGCCUCCGCUACGAGGACUUCGAAGCGCUCCACCGGUCCCUCGGCGACGCCUUCUUCGGCGUCGAGGAGGAGGACGACGACGAUGCCGCCACCGCCGGGGACUGCGCCGCGGAGAAACUGAAGCAGGAGGAGUCGGAUCUGACGGAGGCGUUCAAGGUUUUCGACGAGGACGGGGACGGGUACAUAUCAGCGCAGGAAUUGCAGAUAGUGUUGGGGAAAUUAGGAUUGCCGGAAGCUAGAGAGAUCGAGAGAGUUCAGCAGAUGAUCGUCUCGGUCGAUCGCAACUGCGACGGCCGCGUUGAUUUCUUUGAAUUCAAGGAUAUGAUGCGCCGGAGCGUUCUGGUCCGGAAUUAAUCGUCCCAGAAGAAAGGUCUCUUCAAUUUCUUCAUGGAUUUUUUCUUUUUUAAAAAAAUUUCAGCUUACUUUUCCGUCCUGCCGAUCAUCUUCGGCGAUUGUUAGUCCAUUCUGUAAUUGAUCACAAUCAGCUGCGUUGGUUGCAGCGGAUUUAAGUUAGAGACAAUCAAUUAGCAUUUAGAUCUCAAAUUCUCGCUUGGGAUCUUGUAAUGUAAUAGUUUUCUUUUUCUGAAAAACAAAAAAAAAAAAUUUGGUUUCCCAA